AUGGCUAGUGUACUUGUGGCAUAUCACCGUCGUGCGCCGGCGAUGAACGUCAUAUCUGUUGACAAGGAGCGAUUUGACCUUGAUGGUGAUGAGGGCGCUGACAUCCCGGACAUCCCUCUUCGCAGGAGGCCAAACCAGGGUCGAGGCUCUCCGGCCGACCUAGGCUUGAAGACUGCCAUGACAUUAGAUAACAUCAUAGCAGGAACAAGAGAUCUCAACAUGGAUCCCGCACCAAGCAGUCCCAUCAGCCACAGUGGGCUAAGGCACGGCGAAAAUCAACACAGGGGAGGAAUCGGCUCGAACAUCAAAUCACCACCGUCCACCAGGGUACGCUCGCCCGAACCAGACGUUUUCACUAUGGGAACUCAAUCACCGCCACCAUCAACAUAUCAGCCGAGUAUUUUGUCCAAUAGAUCAAAGGCCGCAUCGACAGCUUCUACAUAUCUCAACACGGCUGUAUCACUGGCAGCACUUCAGACAAAAGCCGGCGACGAUGACAUGGCACUGGAGCCAUUAAUGGAGGAAGAUGUUGAGCCGGGGAGUUUCGACCUCCUCGGGCCGGCCGUGGGAGAGGCAGGUCUGUACUCGCUAGAAAAGCGUUCCGAGCUGCUCUUUUCCAAGGAGCAUCUGCAGACGAUUUUCGACGACCCCAUAAUACUGCAGCGUUUCACCACGUUCUUGUGUGGCCAGCGCCCGUCAUCUCUUCCCCUUUUGAUUUACUAUCUCGAUGCGCUCAAGGCGGUUAAGGCUGUUCAGUACUCAAACGCGAUUAUCGAGGCCCUUGAACCGAUCCCGGGACACGACUUCACUGGCCACGAAGUCACGGCGACGAUCAACGAGUCGUUGAGGCAGCGUGCCGACGCAGCCUUUGAAGCAUUAACUAGGGACGACCUGCCGGCGUAUAUUACACAUGUCUGGACACAGACCGUGAGCAUCUCCAUCAGGAAACGCAUAACCGGAACUCUGCCGCCGCACCUGCGCGAGAUGUCCGAGGGUCUGGCUGAAGUUUUCUGUCUCACUGAUCCUUCAAGACAUGACAACCCAAUCGUCUUUGCUUCUGAAGAGUUUCACCGGACGACGCAGUAUGGCAUGAACUAUGUCCUUGGCAGGAACUGUAGGUUCCUUCAGGGGCCAAAAACAAACCCCUUUUCAGUCAAGCGUAUAAAGGAGAAGGUGCUUGCCGGCAAGGAACAUUUUGAGACCUUCUUGAAUUACAGGAGAGACGGAUCACCUUUCAUGAAUCUUCUCAUGGUCGCUCCUCUGUACGACAGCCGCGGCGCAGUCCGGUACUUUAUCGGCGCACAGGUCGACGUCUCCGGCCUCGCCAAGGACUGCGUCGGCCUCGAGUCCCUGCGACGGUUGGUCGACGAGACCGAGGACAAGGAGAAGGACAGGUCGGAAGAGGCCGAACCUCAGGCCGAGAAGAAGGAAGAGAUCCGCCAGCUAUGCGAGAUGUUCAACCUGCAAGAGCUCGAAACGGUCCGCAAGCACGGCGGCUCCAUGCACCGGCUGCACACGCACCAGGAGCACCUCCAAGCCUCGGACGCCCCGCAGCCGCAGAACUGGCACAAGCCGCGGGUGCUGAUCCGGGACGAGGCCAGCAGCCUCGGCGGCGGCGAAGACCGCGACCCGCUCGACGACCUCGACGACGACGACGACGACGACGAAGACCUCAUCCGUCGCAAAGACGGCAAGACCUCGUCUGGCGCCAACGGCGCAUCCGCGGCGAGCGCCGUUCCGCACAGCACGCCGCCACCCUCGGCCCCCAGCGGAAGGCUGUCGGGCAUUUUUGAGAACUACUUGCUUGUGCGGCCGUACCCGAACCUCAAGAUCCUCUUUGCCAGCCCGACCCUGCGCGUGCCAGGAAUCCUGCAGAGCCACUUCAUGAGCAAGAUCGGGGGUUCCUCUCGGGUGCGGGACGAGCUCACGGCGGCACUGGCAGAGGGCCACGGCGUCACGGCCAAGGUGCGCUGGGUGGCGUCGGCCAAGACGGGCGAGGGCCGCCACCGCUGGAUCCACUGCACGCCGCUGCUGGGCGGCAACGGCGCCAUUGGUGUGUGGAUGGUCGUCAUCACCGAGGAUGAGGAGGGCGCUCCGGGGGUCUCGGGGACGAGGAGAACGCGCGAUGCGCCCCCUGUCGACUUUGGCGACGGACCUGGCAAUUCGCACAAGAGACACGCCAGGAAGACCUUUAUGAGUGGACUCUAUGGCGACGACGUCUAUUUAGGGGCCGAAUCGAGGUCUGCUAGUGUUGCUAUGCCGUUUCGGCACCCAAACGGAAGUAUGAUCAGCGGAACCAGGUCUAGCUCCCCAUACACGCUCAAGAUUGGCGAGGAGUGA